CACACCAGCGGGCCGGCCGGGCCCAGGCGCGCAUGCGCACACACCUUCCCUCCGGGGGCCGGCGGGACCGGCUGGCUUCCCAGAGUGCUGUCCAGCUCAGCCAGUUGAUGCCAAGAUCGGAUGACCCUGACCCGACACCCGCCUCCUUUCCCCGGGCCCUCUUGCAAUAUCGCGCCACAAAGGUCCCCUUAAAGCAGGCCUCCAUAGCUUCCUGUUUUGAGUGAGGCUUGGAACUCAUCCACUACCCAACACCGCUGGACUCUCAACCCUGCACAGAGAAUGACCGAGGACAUAAGCAGCCACGGGCAGUCUGCUUCCUGAUGGCGCCCGGCCCAUCGUUGGUGAUGGCAGCGGAGACGGACAGGGCCCACGCCCUCCUCCAGACUUUCAGCUCGGCUUCCGUGGUUUCCGGCCUCGGCUUGGGGGCCUUCUGCUUCGUGGCCGACAGGGUCCUUCAGCUGUCGGCCGUCCAGCAGCACGACUGGCUCCGAGCCCUGGCGGAUAACGCCGUACACGGGGCCGUGGGGAUGUGGUCCUGGGCCAUCGUCAUCGGACUCAGGAAGAAGAGCGACUUUGGGGAAGUCCUCCUGGCCGGAUUUUUAGCCUCCGUCAUUGACUUGGACCACUUUUUCCUGGCUGGUUCCCUGUCCCUAAAGGCUGCUCUGAAUCUUCCGCAAAGACCUUUUCUUCACUGUUCUACUGUGAUCCCUGUAGUGGCGCUGACACUGAAGUUCAUUAUGCACCUUUUCAGGCUCAAAGACUCCUGGUGCUUUCUUCCCUGGAUGCUGUUUCUGUCCUGGACUUCUCAUCACGUCCGCGAUGGGAUUCGUCACGGCCUGUGGAUCUGCCCCUUUGGAAAGACCGCUCCCUUGCCUUACUGGCUAUACGUGACAAUUACGGCCUCCUCCCCGCAUCUCUGCUCCUUCAUCAUGUAUCUGACGGGCACCCGAGAGAUGAUGUCUAUAAAACAUGGAAUUCACAUCGAUGUCUAGGGGAAUCGGAUGGAGGUCGUGGAAGAGCGGGUGUCUUAAUGUGAAUCGUUCGGGGCAUCGACCGCCAGGAUGGAUGCAGAAACAUUUGUCCCUUCUGAAAUAGCCGGUAUCUACUCCAGCGUGGAGUCCCGUCGAGUCCUAAUUCUUCUUGCCCAAAAGAUUGAUGGUUUUACUACUUUUGUGUUCUGAAAUUUCUUUCCACAUCUGAUUUUAACACUUUCCCUUUCUCUCCCCUCUGCUUUCUCCGCUCAAGUAACAUUCCAGUAUUUAAUUUCACUUUCAAGGAAAUGUAUCGGAAGAGCACAUUUCCUUCCAGGAGGCGAUUUGAAUCCUGUUUCCGUGAAUUGGAAUGACUAAAAUGAACACUAUAAUACUUCAGCCUAAUUUAGGACAAAGAGUCAGAGUAAUUGACAUUUCAGCGACUGCUAGUAGGACGCUGUUUUAUUACAUGUGCUGCCUUGGCCUGGCAGUCACCUUGCCAAACAGAAUCUGAUGGCGGGGGAAGAAAGGAUGGGAAAAUUUCCUUUGAGAUUUUUCUAAUGGAGCAUUCGUUGAUGCAGAAGGUCAUUUGUGGCAAGAACAUGCUAAGGAUAUCAUCUAACUUUGGAAUUAAUAUCAGGAUCUCAGAAAAUCCUUGUUCAGUAAAUUACUACCCUUAAUCCUAGAAAUUUCAUGUUGGCAUUUUAGCAAAGUAUUCUUUACAAAGCCCCUUUUCCCCAAGGAGCUCAAGUAUUGAAAUUUUAAAUGGUACUGUAUUACUAUCAUUGCACUGUUUACAAAAUAAUCAAGUACAAAUCAUAGGGCCGUGUCUAGUUCUCUGAUCUCUGUUCCACAAAUAUACCACCGACAACAAUGUAAAAUGUAAGACUGAUCGUUCCAGGUGCCGUCAACCCUGUUUAAAAUAUUUUCCGAAGUGGCUGCUUAAAAUGAUUAAAACAAAGUAGUUGCUAUUUGAAAAGCCAAAGAAUGUAUUCUUCCAAAACGAAUGCGUUUUAGGUAACUUGGUUUUCCUGUUCUUUGGUAAAUGAAAGUAAAUUCACACCAAAAGCUACUGAUGUAUAAGAAAAAUGAACAGAAAGUAUGGCAUUUACACAAAUCUUAAAUUUGCCUUACUGGAUUAACUAAUACUUCGGUCUCACCCCUGUACACAGCCUCUUGUUGUCAAAAGCCAUCAGCAUUUUUGUAGGGGUAUCGACCCAUGUUAUUUUAAUUACUCAAAAUACUAAUGACUUUGUGCCUUAAUAUGUGAUAAAUUACUGAUGAUUCAUAGAGUAAUGUCUUCUCCAAAGUACAGUAUUUUUUUUUUAAUAUAGUCAGUACUGAAUUAGAGGGAAUUCACUGAAUUGUCAGAGGCCCAAGCCCUGAUCAACCCAUUAAAUCCAUUGGCUAAAGGCACUUUGUUUUGAAACCGGGUUCAACAUAUCUAGGGGCAUGUAUCAGUGCAGAGUUGUGAGACUUUUUAAAUAUUAAAUAUUAAAAUUUCAUCUCCAGGUAGUGUAUGUUUGGUUGCAAUUCUUCAGAACUAGAAAUGUAAAGAACCUCUGAUCCGGCUCAUUAAAACAAUUGUAGAAUCUUUUCUGAUUUUUGUAGAGGUCACACUGUAUAGAUUUUUAGAAUUCCCUCUCUUUUGUUCUGCAAACCACAGAACAGAGCAAAAUAGGCAUUAAGUUGUGCUGGAGCAUUGACUUUUGACUCUGUUCAGACUUUGUAAUUUCAAGUUGUCAGACUGGACUUGGAUGGAAAUGAGAUUGAGUUCAAAGUGUUAAUUUCACUGCAACAGAUGGCAUUAAAACGUUUGGCAAAGUGA